AUGGGAAAGGUGCAACCAGCAAUCAUCGUAUUCUCAGCAAGCAUUCGGUUUUUAGCCGAGGACAUGUUCACUGAUUUAAAAAGAAGAUUUCAGGAUAUAAGAUCGGGAGAUAUUAAAUGGGUAAUCACCGUCCCUGCCAUCUGGACAGACCAAGCAAAAUAUUUGAUGAGAGAAUCUGCCUUACAGGCAGGAUUAUUAUCGGAGAGCAUAAUUAUAGCACUUGAGCCAGAAGCUGCAUCAGUUUGUUGUCGACAACUUGAUGUGUGUACUGUUGAUAGAGACACGGGUGUUACAUUAUCCUCCCUUAAUGUUGGUAGUAGAUACCUCGUGCUGGAUGCUGGGGGUGGAACAAUAGAUUUAACAGUACAUGAAAUCACAUCUCCACAAUGUAUUAAACAAGUAGUGGCCUCAAGUGGCAAUAUAUACGGUGGUAAUGCAGUCAAUGAUGAGUUCGAAAAGUUAUUGAAAACAGUUUUAUCUGAUGAAAAGUACAAACGAUUUAAACGGACAGAAACUGAAGAUUGGAUGUACUUAAUGGGUGACUUUGAAACCAAAAAGAAAUCUUACAACCCUCAAAAACGUGAUCAUGUAAAUAUGAGGAUUCCGCAAAGUUAA